GAUACAUCCAAAUUAUGAAAUGAUUUUAAAAUAUACAUGUUAAUUUUUGCCUCAUAUAGUUGGUGGAAUUUAGCCGUACUGUGCAUCUCGACGGGUUGUUCAAAGCUACCAAUGCUAUCAAAACUUCGGUGGCUGUUCACUUGAUAAUUUAAGGUGUUUAGGGGCACAAUAACAUUUAAUAAACAACGUGUGUACGAUACGUAAUAAGUGCGUUUAUACUAUAACGUGUGGGGGUGCUGAGUUAUUUUCUGCGUCGGUGCAAUGUCCUUAAAAUACAUUUUCAGAUUUUGCAUUUAUUUUUUCCCCCUCUGAUGUAGCGCGCAUGCGCAAUGUGUACAUUCUGCCGGGUAGAGUUGGAGACUGUGACUGUGCUCGAUUUCUGCCGCGAACGGUUAGGAAGCAUAAUGUGCAUGAAAGUAACUGAGUUAUUUAUCAUUGAAUUUCAAAAUGGAACUUGCCCAACACCGCUGACAAACAACACUAGGAAUACAUCAGUACAAUACACGGCAAGAAAAAAAAUGCAGAAAAACAGUUAAAAACUGUGGCGUUUGUUCAUAGUUAUUUAUGGGAUAUUAUGUAAUGUUAUGUUAUGGUAACGGGGGACUGGAGGACAAAGAGUGUUUGUUACCGACGGGUUGAAAUAGUCAUCCUCAACACGUUGCGUCGUAGUUUAUGCUUUCGAUCUGGAAAUGAAGAAGACGUCUACUUCAUAGUGCUCUGUGCCGGUCGGAGUAGUCAGAUCCUGCGGCACACUGGCUCACUUGUUUACUUUGUUUCGAUGAAUCGGCCAUCGUCUACUCCGGAGUACAUGCGCAUCUCUGCUGCUACUCAUUAAAACACGUCGUUCCCACAAGGACUGUUUCAGCCGUUCCCUUUGCAUACAUCCUUCCAUUCACUAAAACCUCUUCAUCUCAUGGCUCUUAAAUUUGUGGGCUUGCUACUACUGUGGAGCCUCCCACUCGUUCAGUCCGACACAAUCAGGUCUCUGUGUAAUGUCACCUGCUCGACGGACUACGAUGUGUCACUGAAUUGCUCGUGUUCGGGCUUUGUGCCGAAGCAUCCUUUCUUCGUACAAUUCAGCUGCAGGAAUGGAGAUGACAAGGUCGACGGUAGAUGCGAAGUCAAACCACCUCAACUCUGGUGCAUAGCUUACGCGGAAUACCUCUACGAAGUCGUAUCUAUCGGAACCAGGUGCAGUGCCACAGCCAGUGAGCACGGCAGUGAGGAGAUACUGGAGGAAGUCAGUGAAGCAUCCCAAUGGGAUCUGAGUGAUGUUGUGAAACCUCAGCCUCCCAGUGAUGUCCGAGUGACUCUUAGUGAUGGAUCCUACAACAUCUCUUGGAUGCGCAGCAGUAGGCCAGACUGUAUGACCUACAGGGUCAGAGUAGGGCUGAGCAAAGACUCGUCCAAGGAACGGAUUUUUACGUUAAUGGAAAACACGUACAUUCGGUUAGACUCAAAGGAACUGCAGCAGUACACCAACUACACGGUGAAUGUGCAGGCCAAAAUGUGUCCCGGAAAUGUUUAUCAGGGUCCAUGGAGUGAGUGGAGUGCAAGUACAGAGUGGAGAACACAUGCGUCUGCAGACAAUGAAGACGGAGGAAAUCUACAGUACCAGUGGAUCAUUCUGGCCAUCUGCAUUUUCCUCGCCUUCCUCCCCUUGGCGCUGUUUUGGAUAAACAAUCAAAAUCCCCUAUCCAGGUUUUGGAAAGCGGCUACAUACAUUCCCAAAGCGAAGGUUUUCUUCAGACCUCUGUACUACGAGUACAGCGGCAACUUUAAGGAAUGGGUGAAGUCGGACUUCACUGAAUUCGACUACUUCAGGACAGACUCUAAUGCGUUCGCAAACACCGAUGACUUUUUCCGCUGGAACAGCAAGAAGCCGAUUUGCCACGAAUACAGCGAAGUAAAUGAAGGCCAACAUUUCCUCCACGUACGUCAGCCUGACUGCAGCCUCCCGUUCGACGGUGAUUCGCUGGGCACCGGCAACUCGAUGAGACCCAUAUCCAUCCACACCGUCACCCUCUCUGGAAAAGAAUUUGAGGAGUCCCGAAUGUCUCUGAGCUCGCUGGCGAGCUAUCAAGACGGGAGAAGCUUUGGCUCGUUCCAAGAGGACAACCUGAGCCACAUUGGCUAUCACCUAGAGUCACCACUCCUUGAGGAAAACAGUGAGACGUUUCCAGAACGCGAGAACGAGACUUCCAACGUGUUAGCAGAUGAACAUCACAUUAAGCUUGAGUCAAAGGUCCAGUUCGACAGGUCAAAAAGGAUUUCGCUGGGCUCUCUGGCCUCAGACGAGCAGUCCGACGGGAUCCUCAGUCCUCAUGGCGAUCUGGACACAGUCGACAGCGGUUUUGUUGAGUGCAGUAGUCCCGGCACAUCAAACACGGGAUCGGAAAAGCAGACGGAGGCAGAGUUUUUCUACGAGUACAAGAACUCAAACUCUAACUAUGUCAAACAGUGGAUGAUAUGCAACGCUAUUCAUGAAAACACCAGCAACGUCGAUGAGGUGUCGUGCGGAACGCAGCAGUGAUUUACAUUUGCUACUGUGAAUUGUAAUGUUUUUACUUAUCAACUUUGGUGAGUUGGAUUGGUGAGUUGGAAUCUGUCUCCUAAAAGGUCAGGAAGUAGGAGGCAACCGCCAUAUUUUACUCCCGUUUGCUCUGUAUUUUCCGGACUCUGGAGUAUAAGUCGCACCAGCCAAAGUAUAAAAAAAAAGGGCGUGACUUACAGGAGUAGCAGAUACCGCUGCACAAGCCUAGAGUGCCCUCUAGUGGCUGCCAGUGUGAAAAUAAAAAAACAUCGGAAAUUAUAUAUCUUAAUAUAUAAGUCGCAGCUGAGUAUAAGUCAAAAACCUUGCCAAGGGAUG